CCCAGUUCAUUCUCAUGAUCUCUUCUAGUCCAAGUCCAACUUCUUUUCCUUUUUGUCCUUCGUAACCACCCCACUCAACCCAGGGAAUCUAAAAUUUUUGAGUACGAAACACGUUGUACUAACCUGCGACGCGCUUCUCCAUCUUCUUGUUGAAUAACUGAAUCCCUACAGUCCAAGCCGCCGACGCCCAACUUUUCCGGGCACCCAGCCCACAGAUGCUAAAGACUUUGGAUUUGCUGUAAUUUCCUAACACAAUCUCUCCAGGCUGAAGUCGGAUAAAAAAGCCGAGCUUCAUCUUGGUCGUUUCUCAAAACCUGCUACAACGUGCAAAGUUUACGUCUAUAAUGAACGCAAAACAGGAAGUGGAUGUGAUGUGUAAACAUACCAUAUCACACGACCAGAUAAAUUGGUAGUCGGGCUUUUGUUUGGGAAUCAGAGGCUACAAACAAUCUUAAAGGUGUUGUAUUGUGUGGACACAACGAUCAUGCCAGCCUCGAUGGACACAAGCUCAGGUGUAACUCUUGCUGAAGUCAACCUAGCAUCCAAAAAGGAGAGGAGGAGGAGGAGGAGAAAACGGGGGAAGAGACAGGCUACUGAUAUUGAAGUAGUACAAAACGCGGGUCAAGUGGAUCAGAAUGUGGAUGGACACAUUAGCACAAAACCUGAGGGUAGUAAGCCAGAUGCCAAUUUGGAUGUGGAUUCAACUCCCAAACUGACUCAGGAACCCCAAAAGCCAGAUAGUGUGUCGACCACAGAUCCUUUGGAGAAGUCUGUGUGCAUGAGAAAGAAAAAGAAGAAACAGAAGGCGACAAAAAAGGUUGAUGGUGUUUAUGGAUCCCAAGGCAUGGAUCACGCAGAUAUCUUAUCAAAUCUGAGUUUGGCUGAUGCAUGUAAUCAACCAACCAAUGGUACAAUAAACCGAAUAAUGACUACAGAUCAAGGGCCUGGGAUUUCUAUGACAAAAGAAUCAGUAAUACCUCCCUUACAGUGUGCGAACAAUGCAGAAUAUCUCUCCAAUGUUGCCAAUGGAGGACUCAAUGUACUGGUUGUUCCACGCCACAUUGCAGCAAGAUCACCAGUAUGUUCAAGAAGAAAACUCCUCAUUCUUGAUAUAAAUGGGCUACUUGCAGAUAUAGUCAUGCCUCCGCCACUGGACUGUAAAGCAGACACACACAUCUCAGGACGAGCAAUUUUUAAGAGACCUUUUUAUUAUGAUUUUCUGAAGUUUUGCUGUGAGAGAUUUGAUGUUGGAAUUUGGUCCUCAAGGUCUAAGAGGAUCAUUGAUAGAGUGGUUGACUACUUGUUGGGAGAUCUGAAGCAUAAGUUGCUAUUUUGUUGGGAUAUGUACCAGUGCACUGAUACAGGGUUCAGAACACUAGAAAAUAGGCAUAAACCAUUGGUUUGCAAAGAGUUGAGAAAGCUAUGGGAAAAACAUUACCCUGAUCUUCCUUGGGAGAAAGGAGAUUAUGAUGAAUCAAAUACUUUACUGGUGGAUGAUUCUCCAUACAAGGCCUUGCUCAAUCCUAUUCAUACUGGGAUAUUUCCUCAUUCUUACUGCUACAGAGACACGAGUGAUAAUUCUCUAGGACCUGGAGGUGAUCUUCGAGUUUAUUUGGAAGGCUUGGCACUAACUGAACAUAUACCGAAGCACAUUGAGCAGCAUCCAUUUGGUCAAAAAGCUAUUGAUGAAACUAGCUCCUUAUGGGGCUUCUACUCCAGAGUGCUCCACAGGCUGUCUGGGCAAUCUAUCAGAGAUACUGAUCCUUUGUCAUUUUCUUACGUAUGAAGCUGCCCUUUGGUGUUGCUCAAGUGAGUUUUGGCAAUUAAUUUGAUUUCUGUUUUAAGGGGAGAAACCAUGGUAUAAACUUGCAUAAGGUGAAGAUUUUUUUUUUUUUUUUUUUUUUGUCAAUAACACACAAUAGAGUUUAAUUGAGCUCCAUAGUCAACAAAAAUUUUUACCAGCUCGCCACCUGAACGUUUUUGCUUAUGGGUGGUCAUACCCAAGAAUUAGGCGUAGCAGUGAAAGUAGUGGAUCUUGGUAUUUAGCCAUUGGUGUUGUAACUUCUAUUGUUGUAUUGAAAUUUUUGGAUAUUGCCAUACAGCUUCAUAAUUUUGAUAUUUUGGUGAUGGUUGAAGAUUUUGCUCUUAAUGCUGGAUGUCCUAGUAGAAGUGUCCAGUCUUGACCUUCAUGCACCAAUGUUGUUAGCCAUUGAAAUUUGCUUUCUGUUGCAGCAAGUGUGUGCACGGUCUGACUUGGGUAUUGUGAAAGCAUUUUAAUUCCAAGUAUCUUUCCAUGUCUAGUAUGUCCAUUUGGUGCCACACUGCUACAAUUUUGUGCCUUGAUGUUUCAUUAAUCAAAAUAUAAUGGAAGCAACUUUUUUUUUU